AUGACCGACCGGAAACGGCUGUUAUCUGAAGACGAUGAAGACGACGACGACGUGCCAUUGAACAAGAAAGCUCGGCUUGAUGAAGAGGCUCGCAUUAAAAAGGAAAUGGAGGCAGAAGCGGAGCUGUCACCGGCCAAACCCGAACUGCUGCUGCCCGCUGUCGACAACGAUGGUGACGACGAUGACGACGACGACAAUGACGAAAACGGCGAUCUGAAACUGAAGUCAGCUGACGUCAAGGUGAAGGACGAAGACGACGACGAUGAAGAUAAUGAAGAUAACGACGAUGACGAGAAGGAUAAGGAGGAUGAAGACGAUGAUGACGAUGAAGAGGAUAAAAAACGUACUACCACUUUCGACGUUGGUGGUGAUACUUACACGUUCAAAGAGCGACCACUGGUGAUUGAAGAGAAGGAAGGAAAAAUCGAGUUUCGCGUGGUCAACAACGAUAACACUCGCGAUAACUUAAUCGUGCUUACUGGCCUCAAAAACAUCUUUAAGAAGCAGUUACCGGAAAUGCCGCGAGAGUGCAUUACUCGUUUAGUCUACGACCGACUGCAUUUGAGUAUGGCGGUGGUGAGAAAACCGUGUACUGUCGUUGGUGGCAUCACCUACCGACCGUUCAACAACCGUGGGUUUGCCGAAAUCGUGUUUUGUGCCAUCUCCUCCACCGAACAGGUGCGGGGUUAUGGGGCACAUCUCAUGAACCAUUUGAAGGAUUAUGUGCGGGCCACCAGUCCCAUCAAGUACUUUUUGACCUAUGCCGAUAACUACGCCAUCGGCUACUUCAAGAAGCAAGGCUUCACCAAGGAAAUCACCCUCGAAAAGCUGGUGUGGAUGGGGUACAUCAAGGACUACGAAGGUGGUACGUUGAUGCAGUGCGAAAUGCUCCCCUCGACCAUGCGCUACCUCGACUCGCUGAAGGUGCUCUUGUUGCAGCGGGCUGCCAUCGAGAAGAAGAUCAAGAUGCGGCUGAAAAGUCAUGUCGUUCGCCCGGGGCUCCUGGUGUUCAAGACCAACAAAGGAGCAUCGAUUAAACCCGAAGAUAUCCCGGGGCUUCUCGAGGCCGGGUGGCUGGAGGAGAUGGACCGAUUGGCGCAAAAGCCGAAACGAGGGCCGCAUUAUAACUUCAUGGUGCAGUUGUUUGCUGAGAUGAACAACCACCCGUCGGCGUGGCCAUUCGCUCUGCCAGUGAAUAAGGAAGAAGUCACUGACUACUAUGACGUCAUCAAGGAGCCCAUGGACCUCAGCACCAUGGAGCUGAAGUUGGAAAACGACAAGUACGAACUGUUUGAACAGUUUUUGUACGACGCUCGCCUUAUUUUCAACAACUGUCGUGCCUAUAAUGGUGAGAAUACUACCUAUUAUAAGAAUGCCACUAAACUUGAGAAGUUCUUGAACAACAAGAUCAAGGAGGCUCCCGAGUACGCCCAAUAUGUUGAGUGA